CCUGCCUACUUCAAGCUGAGCUGGUGAAUUAUGAGAGGGUCAAAGAAUAUUGCCUGAAAGUACUGAAGAAAGAAGGAGAGAACUUCAAGGCACUUUACCGGUCAGGAGUAGCAUUCUAUCACCUUGGAGACUACAACAAGGCCCUUUACUACUUGAAAGAAGCAAGGUCUCGACAGCCAACAGAUACCAAUGUUGUACGGUACAUCCAGCUGACAGAAAUGAAGCUUAGCAGAUGUUCCCAGAGGGAAAAAGAAACAUUGUAAGAAGAAACCCAGUUCUGUGGGCCUAAAUGGACACGUCCUCCCCUAAAUGAUCACUGGUUGAAUUGUCCUUCCCAUUGGCUUCACAUUAGAUCGACAAGUUUUCUCUCCUCUCCUGAUGUUACUUUUGAUCUAAGAAGAGAUCCUGGCUCUAGCUUUGGCUAUUUGCUGGCUUAGUGAUAACAUUCUAGUCCUCCUAGCACAAUUGCUCUGGGAAUUUGGAUGAAGAGAGCAAUAGAAAAAGGAUUCAUUUUGCCUUGUGCUUAUCUUCUGCUACUUUUGUCACAGCAGCCUUCCAGAGAUCCUCCUUUUCUCUUCAAAUACGAAGACAAUAGCUAAUGAAGAAUAUAUAUAUAUAUAUAUUUAAUGAAACUCCCUUGUAGUACAUUUUACGUAGUACAGAAUGUUCAACAAAGUUGAGAGUUUGGGCAUGGGAUAGUAUCUAAAUGAGAAUGUGAAAGAUGCUGUUCUAUAUGGGGAUGAAAACUGGAACAAUUACUUAAUAUCAAAUGUAUGUUGUUAACAGGCAACAACCCCACAUAUUAUUUCUUAGAAGGCAUGGCUGGGCUCUAAUACAUAAAGGGGAAGCAUGAUUUUAUAAUUAGUUUUCAGAUUAUAGAAAUUGAAGCACUGAAUUAUGGGCUUGCCACCAUCUUAAUAUACACCUUAACUUUUCUGUGCCUCAGUUUUUCCAUCUGUAUAGAGGGAACAAAAAUGUCUCCCUACCUCACAGGGGGUGUUGUGAGAAUUUGUUAACUAAUAUUUGUACAGUGCUAAAUUAUAUUACUGGUUCACUGGA